AUGGGCAACGCGGGGAACCGUGACAAGGCAAGGGAGGCCUCGUCUGCCUAUACCAAGGAGGCAGACGAGGAGGACAUCAACAUCCAAGCUACAGGCUGCAUGUUUUGCCGCCGUUUGCUGGGAGAAGGUGACGUGCUGUGGGAGCUGGACUGGGACAAGGAUCGUGAAAAGAAGCGGGAGGAGUGUCUGCGAGCUUACCGCGGACUUGAAAAAAAGGAGACGCCGGGGAAACUGCCAGAUGGGCCUCAGGGCAUUUUUUUCAUGGCGCUUUCAGCUUUGCGUCCGUUCGCUUCAGAGGGCAUGCUCCCGUGCCGUGAAUCGGAGCAAGCGAGUGUCAUGGAAUUCCUCAAAUCCUCACUGCGCGUCCACAUCAAGAAAGAGGUUCUCUACGUUUCGGGCAUGCCUGGCACUGGAAAGACUGCUUCGGUCCUCGACGCGGCGAAACGUCUGGAAAAAGCCAGGUCUUCAAGCUCCAAUUCGAACACUCCGAUCAAGUUCGCAUACGUGAAUGCCAUGUGUUUGUCUACCCCCUCCGCAGUUUUCGCCGAAAUUCAACGCAAGGUUCUCGGACAAGCGCAGAAGAGAAAACGCGGUCCAGGCCCAGGAGGUGAUGGAGAGGAAGCUUUGCGCCAAGCCUUGACCCAAGCAGGUGGCGAGGUCGUUAUUCUUGUCAUCGACGAGGUCGACGCACUCCUUACACAGGGCCAGACUGUGCUCUACCGCCUGUUCGACUGGAUGUCACAACCGGCUGCACGGCUGGUCGUGGUGGCGAUCGCCAACACGAUGGACCUGCCGGAGCGCUUACUCCCUCGUGUCUCAAGUCGUUUGGGCAUCCGGCGGGUCAACUUCGAAGCCUACAAUAGAGACCAACUUCACACCAUCCUGGCAGAUCGCCUACGAGCCGGCGGAGCAGAAGCGGCGAUAAGAGACGAUGCUCUGAAGCUCUGCGCAGCUCGAGUGGCAGCUGCUGGAGGGGACGCUCGAAAGGCACUGCAGGUUUGUCAGGCUGCUGUUCAGCGUGCAAUCGAUGCCACUGCAACCAACGGCAAAGAGCCUGAAGCGGUCACUGCCGCCCAAAUGGACAAAGCUGAGGCUGAGCUCUUGCAGCGGAACCCAGUCGCAGUCGGGAUAAUGAAUCUGAACCUCAAGCCCCGCUGUUUUCUUCUUGGCAUGGUCUUGGAGCUCCGAAAACAGAACGCGUAUGCUCUCCCUCUGAAAACAGUCACACGGCGCUACGAGGCAAUCAUGCGGAUUCUGCAGCAGCGUGACGAGGGCGCUGGAAAAGCCACACAGCCCGUGUCGUCGGAGAGGUGUGCAUGGGAAUGCUUGGAAUACCAAAGGCGUCUAGAGGACUGCUGCAUCAUUGCGCAGUACGCCCUUGAGCAGAAGGACGAUGGUGAAGGUCCUGCAAUGGGGCUUGGAUUCGUGUCCAGCAUUGAUGUCUCCGAGGCAGCAACUGCUUUGUCCGUCGCUCCAGGAGAUGAAAUCGCCAAAGAGCUCUUGGACCUACAACCACCUUGUCCAUAUCGCCGGCUGAGCUGA